AUGACCCCCACCUUCAGCAGCUUGACUUUCUUUAUUGUUUGGGCUGCAGGUGUUUCUCAGUCUGUGCUGAUCACUCAAUGGCCCCAGUACAUCUCCAGUCUCCCCAGUGGCUCGGCUCAAAUAAACUGCUACCAGAAUGAUACCGAUUACCCAUAUCACUAUUGGUACCAACAGAUUAGAGGAGAACGUUUUCAGUUAAUGCUGUAUACAGUAGCUGGAGCUCCAACCUACGAAGAAGCAUUCAAAUCUGGUUUUGAGGCAGAGACUCAGGGUAACAAGAAAUGGUCUCUGAUAAUAAGCAGCGUUCAGGAGAAGGAUGAAGCUGUUUAUCUGUGUGCUGCCAGUCUACACAGUGCUGCGGCAGACUUCAGUGUGAACAACUACGACCCUGCUUACUUUGGCACUGGAACCAAACUCACAGUACUCGAUCCAGAAAAAACCGUCACCCCACCAACAGUCAAAGUGCUUCGACCUUCAGCUAAGGAGUGUCGAAACCAGAAAGACGAAGGCCAAACGAAGAAGACCAUCGUUUGUGUGGCCAGUGGAUUCUACCCCGACCAUGUCUCUGUUCGGUGGAAGGACGGGGCCGGGACAGAGUUCCUCUCUGGUGUGGCGACUGACAGUGCUGCCCUGGAAGGAGGCGACGGGUUUUACACAAUCACCAGCAGGCUGAGGGUCCUUGGCGAAGUGUGGUUCAAUCCAGAGAAUGAAUUCACCUGCAUUGUCAGCUUCUUCAACGGGACACACACUGAAGAAUAUCCAAAAACAAUUCAUGGGGAUAAAGGAAAAGUCAUGACGAGAGAGAAAUAUCUGAGGAGGACACAGACUGCCAAACUCUCCUACGGGGUUUUAAUCGUCAAGAGCUGCAUCUACGGAGCCUUUGUGGUGUUUCUGGUGUGGAAACUUAAGGGUUCAUCCAGAAAGCAGCGCUGAGAGUUGAGGCCGGAACAAACAACUUUUAUGUUGGUUUCUGUAAAUGUGUUGUACAUAGUGGAUAUAUUCCCACAGCUUUAAGUUCAGAAAUAAAGCCACUCAUUCUGAUGAUAUUAAUACUGAUAAUAAUAUAGUUAAUGAUUGCAUUUUCAAAAACAAAUCCAUAAAAUAUCAGUUUUUUAACUGUAAUUUGACGUGUUUGGUGACUGUUGCUGCCAGACAUUCAAACAUUUAUUAUCUAAUAGAUUUUUUUUUAACCUUAAUUUUAAAAUGAAACUGAAAAAUUAGAAGUUGUCUUAAUCCUUAAUUCACAUUAAAUAGUAUGUUUUUUCGUAGUUUUACAUAUAAUUCAAUGUAAUUUAACAGUAAAGACCACAAAAACCACAGAUUACAAUCUUUAUUUGUCAUUUAGGGUAUUUGAAUGGCAUUUUCUAUUAAUGUAGAAAAAACAGUUUUUUUAAAAAUAUUGGUUAAACUCUAUGCAUAUUUUAAACACUUCUAAGUUUGUAGUUGUGUACUAUUCAAUGCUUAAUUGUCUUCUCAAUAAAAGUUAAUCAGAGGAUCUAAA